CAGAAGCACUGGAAGCGACCCGAGCCGUCGACAGAAUGCAGAAGCGAAAUGGAUACGCAUCAAGACCUGCUCUCCUCCGUCAGUGCCUCCUUCAGCAACAUUCGUUCACGAAACGCUCGGAUGAAAUGAAGACAUCAUUCCGCGCCUGAUUCCAACGCAAGACGACGUAAACUGUGGCGAUGAGGACGAGCCUCGGUUAUGCCACCUUCGUGCUUCUGUCAGCGACUCUGCUCGGCACUUGCAGAGCCCACUUAAAAUCAGGCUGCAAAAUAGAGACGCUGCGCACCUGCGGGGAAGAGUACGUUCCCUAUCUGAUGACCCAGCGUAUGCCGGAGACACCGCAAGAGCUGGCCAAGGAAUGCGCGAAAUAUAAACAACAGAUAGCGUGUACUCUCCAUUUCCAUCAUGACUGCACCAGGGGACGAAGCCAGAGCGCUGCGCUCGCAACUGUAGCAGCACUGGGCGAAAACAUGGAAGCCGUUUGCACUCCAGGUUCAGGACCGAACAAAGCGUACCUGACGGGUGUCAAAUGCAUGAACUACGCCGGUGACAAACUCCACACCUGCUUCACCAAUUUGAAUAGCGCGGUGCUGCGAGCAGUGUUCAAGGCACCAGCCAAGGCAGCAAUCCACUACACCUGCUGUGCGUACCACAACGUAACAGAGUGCAUCGCCAAGACACUGGCUCCCUGCCACCGCGUCGGGGCCAAGGACUUCCUGCUCGGCGUCCUGGAGCGAGUGGUGGGAACAGGGCUGCGGGCAGCCUGUGCUGUCCACACUAAAGGCUCCGAUGCCUGCAAGGCGCUCAAGCCUUUGCCGCAGCUGGGUGCCAAGGACGUCGCCGUCGACAGCCUCAUCGAGCUCCUGGCCGAAGCCGCGUCGACGAUUGGCCGGAGACCCUAAUCAUUGCGGGAAUUUUCACUUUUAUUUUUUAAAGUGGCGCAUCGCUUACCAAACGUUACAAGACUUCAUUUUAUAGGGCGACGCGUCGGUCGCACAUUCAUUCUUAACCUCCUCUAUCUGUUCUGAAUUGUCUUGUCCCAUAUUCAGGUAGCGAACUGGCGAAUUCUCCAGUAACGCAGCGCUAACGGUGACGCUAAGAACAAGAACCGAAAGGACAGGCGCUGAACAAUUGAUUUCCUUCUUCGUUGUUUUAAAUACUGCGUGUGUAGUUGUGGAUAUUAAUUCACCUAAUUAAGAUGCCACAUAAUCAUUAUCAUCGUCAACUAGGCUAAAUGUCAGUUCUGUUAAACGCACACUUUUGUUUAGAAGGCCUCAAUGGCUUUAUUUUUUUACCGACGUAUUCGCACGGCUAUAGGCUAGAUUUUCAAUGAGUAAAUCUUAACGGCUAACACCUACGAAAUUCGAGUUUAAGUAAAGUGGUUAUAGAUGACUCGAAUAUACCACUGAAGGUGGUCCUGGCAAUGCUGUGCAACAGGUUAUGGUACAGCUUUUUUUGGCAGCCUUUAAAGAGCACGUGAGCAAACGACAUGUUCAGAUCGUCGUAAGUGCCUACGAGUACACGUUGCCUCAGAGAUUUUCGAGUGCGCUGGAGACACGACCUUAUUUCUGAGGGGUAUGUCCAGAUAAGAACGAACGCGAGGUCCUAUAGUCACCAUUCCAGAAGUUGAUAAAAUUUACUGUGGAUACAGGUAUUGCACCCAGAACAAUGAUUUUGAAGUAGUUUUGAGAAUAAAAUUUGUCUCCGUAAAAAACAAAUACACUUAGUUUAGCCGCAAAAAACACAUUUCUGCCAAUGUAGCAG